AUGGAUAAAGAAGAAGCAACAACAAGUGAAGAUAUCGAAGGAUGGAGACGAGAUGUGAAGAUGAUUCGAAAAAUGCGGGAAGAUCUUGAAGCACCGGUGGAUACUAUGGGAUGUCAUAAGCUCGCAGAUCCAUUAGCUCCACCAAAAGUUCAUCGUUUCCAAGUGUUAGUCGCCUUGAUGUUAUCAAGUCAAACGAAAGAUGAGGUAAACGCUGCUGCAAUGAAAAGAUUGAAGGAAAGAGAGUUAACAAUUGAAAAAAUUCUGGAGUAUAAAGAUUCAGAUCUGGAGCAAGUUUUAUGCCCUGUUGGAUUUUACAAAAGGAAAACUGUCUAUCUCAAAAAGGCGGCUGAAAUAUUGAAAAAAGAAUAUGAUGGUGAUAUUCCGGACAGUUUAGAAGGCUUAUGCACACUUCCUGGAGUUGGUCCGAAAAUGGCGAAUCUUGUGAUGCAGAUUGCGUGGCAGAAAUGUGAAGGAAUCGCUGUUGAUACCCAUGUGCAUCGUAUUUCUAAUCGAUUGGGAUGGAUCAAAACAUCGACCCCAGAAAAAACAAGAGUGGAAUUAGAAAAAUUACUCCCAAAGGAUGAAUGGCAACCAAUUAAUCAUCUUCUCGUCGGUUUCGGCCAAAUGUUAUGCCAACCACUUCGCCCAAAAUGCUCUCAGUGCCUUCUGAGAUCCUCGUGCCCUAGUUCUACAGUAGCAAAGAAAAUCAAAGAUGAGAUUCACGAGGAUGUAAAACCGAAAAGAAAGAAAGAAAGAUAA